AUGGACUCAUCGACAUCGUCGCUUUCAUCGCUGCUGGUGUUACCCUCGAAAUUGCUCGAGGAUAACUACAAGCUAGCGCUCAAGUUGUUUGUCAACCGCAACUUCGAAAAGCUGUUUGCCGUGGCCUCCCAGCUCUACGGACAAGCCAUUCAAGAAUACCCUCGGGGACUUAUCCUGGAGACGCUUCUCGUCAAGAUCAUCUCGUUAUACAUCGCGGAAAUCACCACUAUCGCCGAACAAGAGGUGGCGUUCGAAACCGGCGUUGAUGUCGACCAAGUAAUCAGCGAUGUGGAAGGUUUGUUUGGUAAUCGCCGCAAUGUGCCGCCGGAAAUUUUGUAUAACUACUAUUUGGCGGCUAAGGGCAAAAAAGUGUUGUCGCUUCUCACACUGGAAAUCAGUCAAAUCCUCAACACUUUUACGUAUAAUCGGGAAUCUAGCAAGCACGAGAAGAACUUGGCCCGGUUAUACAUUGACUUGUUAGUGGAACAAGACCGCUGGGAAGACGCUAAGCUGUUUGUGGGGCUGUGUCCCGUGUUUACUACCAGUGACCUCCACCAAUUAGAAGACUGGAAACAAGUCCAGGAAAACCAACGCAAACAGGACCAAUUGCUGAAACAAAAGAAAGAGCUGGAGGCAAAGCAAAAGAAGGCCGAACAGAUCAAACAACACCGCGACCGCCAGCUUGAAUACGUCAAGCUUAAUGAGAUGAGACAACAAGGGGACCGCCCGAUAAAUAAACGGCAACCCACUCCACAAGACGUACAACUGCUUACGCAACGGCUAUAUCACAUUUUGGACUUGCUCAAGAACUAUUUCCGGGAUAAUAGUCUUGUUAUUGGUGUGGUGGCGGUAGUGUUGGCCAUCGCUCUGCGCUACGUGAAGCUUAACCGCAACACGUUGAACACCGUUAAGGAUCGUGUGGUGGACACCGUGAAAAUGGCCAUGAAGAUCACUUACUUGUGA